AUGUUACAGUGGAAAGAAACAGCGGUCACGCAGUCCGGUACACCUGUAGCGGGUGGCCAGAAGACUGGAGCCGACCUUUUUCGGCUACCGCAUCGAGGCAUUUUGAUCUGCCUCGAUCACAUUCAAUCGCUGCUUGGCACGCCCGCGAACGUGGCUCUAUUCCAAAGUGGUCGGAUCGCGAAUCGACUCCCAGUGACGAUUUUCGCUUGCCAGAACGAAGGCCCAUUAUCGGGGCGAAUUGCCCAAAACACAGGUAGGUAUACUGUAGUGAAUGGUGUCUGUUUCACUCUGCAAGUUUCAAUUUUUUCGUUUGUUCUAACACUUUUGUCUUUGACGCUGUUUUUGUUUUAUAUGCGUAUAUUUCAUUAUUAAAU